AUGAAUUCCACCGUUUACAAGUUUAAGUUUAAAGAUGUACUUCAAAGUGAAUAUGGUUUUCAUGAUAUCAUAUCUGUUAAUACUUUACCAGGUGGCUAUCUUGAAGAAGAAACCUGGUUAGUGUGUCUCGAAAUGAAUAGAAAAUAUGUGGUGAAAACAAUUGAUUAUCGAUUCAAUGUUGAACAUCUCAUAAUCAUUGCUAAAUUUCAAAAUUAUCUUUAUUCGAAUCUAAAUUAUCCGUGCUCACUAAUCAUUUCGACGUUGUCCUCGAAAAUUGUUGUUCAAGUUGACAAUAAUCAUUAUCUUUUCGUACAAACAUUUCUCGAUGGUCAUGUACCAUCUUUGAGCGAACUUGACGAAUCAUAUUUAAUGAAAAUGGGAACUUUACUUGGACAAUUGCAUCUAGCAUCACGAACUUUCCUGUCCAUAGUACCUUCCACAAAUAUAGAGAAACGAGUAUUAACAAAUCAGUGGUGGAUAGAACAGUUUGAUCAUCUUUAUCUAUGUAAACAUCUCGAAGAAAUUGAUAUCAACUAUCUUCAUUCGAUACUAUUCGAAUGUCGAGAGAAAUUGAAUGGAAAGGUCGAUCAAUUGGAACAAGGUCUAAUUCACAAUGAUUUUCAACCGAGUAAUACACUCUGUACUGAUGAUAAUCGUCAUAUCUACGUGAUUGAUUUUGGUGAAGCCUGCUAUGCUCCAUUGAUUGUUGACUUAGCUACAGCUCUCUUUCUCUUGCUCACUAAUGGUGUUGACGAUGACAAAAGAUUGAAUACAUUUCUCUUAUCUUAUCAAAAUCUAAUUCAAUUAGAUCGAAAUGAAAUUGAACUUCUUGAUACUGUUGUUCGUCUUAAAUUAACUAUCAAUUUCAUCGGUGAUUGUGCCAACGUCAAGUCAAAAGAAGAAUACAAUCAUUCGUCGUGGCUUCAAUCAUGUUCGAAAUGGAUUAAUGUUCUUCAACAAGAGAAGCGCAAUCUAUUUCAAAUAAUGCUAUGCCAUAAAUGA